AAAGAAGAACUCUCACUAACUUUCCAGAACAUUCAGUGAGGUGUGUUGCUGCAGAGAGUGUUGCAGGAUGUCAAUAGUGCCCGUCAAUGAGGGUCAGGGCAAUGGCACCAACUCUUCGAUGGACUUGUGGGAUCCAAAUGUCAUGGCUUUGUGGGAUCCAUUCAUGGAUUUUCCUCUCCCUCCUUCCAUUUCCAAUCUCUUCCCUGAUAUCGGGUUCGGGUUCGGGUCAUCUGUGAACACACGUGUGGAUUGGAGGGAGACAGCAAGAGCCCACGUGUGGAAGGUGGUGCUUCCUGGGUUCAGCAACGAAGAUGUGCUGGUUGAGCUCCAAGACGAGAGGGUGUUGCAGGUGAGAGUGGAGAGUGGCAAUUUCAUGAGCAGGUUUAAGAUCCCUGAGAAUGGUGACUUACAACAGCUCAAAGCCAACAUGCAUCAUGGGGUUCUUAUUGUUACUGUUCCCAAGGUUGGGCAACCCUCGGGGGAUAGGAACCUCAGGGUCAUUGAGAUUGAUGGCACUGGCUGAACCCAACUACAAUAACGAGGUACUAGGGAGGAAGGUCUGUCUCUGUCUCUUCAAUGGACAUAUAAGCGAAAACAAAGUUCCUGGCUUUCUUGUCAUAUUUAAUUCUUAUAGUGUAGUAUCAUAUGUUUGUGUCUGUUUCAUCUUAUGGGAUGGAAGUGUGUUAUUUAGUGUGCUAUGAUGCUAUGUUAAGUUAGUUAAACGGAUGCACAUUAUAUAUGUAUAUAUUGUCUGAAAAUGGCUAUGGUGGCGGUUUUGAGUUUGAGUAAUUAGGAUGGAUUAGUCUUAUUUUUAUUUUUAGUGUGUGCUUGUCAUUGCCAAGAUUAUUAU